ACAUUGCUGAUUGGUUGUUACGCGACCAUGUGCGUCUCCCAAACAGAGCAGCGGGGCGGUGCCAGAACACGCGUUUUGAUUGGACGAGUGGGUGCGGCUUGCGCCGUGACGUCUCUCGACUGGACGUGUUUCCCCGGGAUCAGCGAGAUUCUAUUCCGCUGCCACUGUCUGUUCUCCUUACCAGGAUGCACCCCCGGCUAUUCUCAGAUGUCUGGGGGCACAUACGAUGGCGUGGCUGGCGGUGUUUGUGUCCUCCACAGAGAGCGGCCUCUACGGAGCCGCAACCUUUACCUCCUCGUGCCCAGGUGGUCAUCUGCGGAGGUGGGAUAAUGGGGGCAUCUGUGGCAUAUCACCUCACCAAGCUGGGCUGGCACGAUAUAGUACUGCUGGAGCAAGGAAGGUUAGCCGCUGGCUCCACAAGGUUCUGUGCUGGGGCAGUUAGCACAGUCAAACACAUUUCAAUAGAGACAGAAAUGGCCGAUUACUCAAACAAACUUUAUCAGCAGCUGGAAGCAGAGACCGGGGUCCCCACAGGCUACAAGAGAACAGGCUCCAUAUUACUGGCCCAAACUCAGGAUCGACUCAUAUCUCUGAGGCGUAUGGUGUCGCGGUUAAGAAUGAAGAGCAUUCCAUGUGAGAUCAUUACACCCAAGCAGGUUGCGGAGCUCCACCCCCUUAUAAACAUUCAUGACCUGGUUGGAGCAAUGUAUGUGCCUGAGGAUGCAGUGGUGUCUACAGCGGAUGUAGCCCUGGCCUUGGUUACUGCGGCCCAGAGUAAAGGUGUUAAGGUCCAUGAGCACACUGCUGUCAACCACGUACUGGUAGAGCGAGGUCAUGUGAGUGGCGUGGAUACUGACCGCGGGCAGAUCGAGUGCGAGUACUUUGUGAACUGCGCAGGCCAGUGGGCUUACGAGCUUGGUCUGUCUAAUGAAGAACCGGUCAGUAUUCCUCUUCAUGCUUGUGAGCACUUCUACCUCCUGACCCGCCCACUGCGCACACCGCUGAAGGAUAACACACCAAGUGUUGUGGACCCUGAUGGAAGGAUUUAUAUCCGCAACUGGCAAGGUGGGAUCCUGUCUGGAGGCUUUGAGAAAAACCCUAAACCAAUCUUUACCGAAGGCCGUAAUCAGCUGGAAAUCCAGAACCUGCAGGAGGACUGGGAUCACUUUGAACCUUUGCUCACUGCUCUGCUGCGCAGAAUGCCAUCCCUAGAGGCACUGGAGAUCCUGCGUCUUGUCAAUUGCCCAGAAUCCUUCACACCAGACAUGCGCUGUGUCAUGGGGGAGAGUCCAACCCUUCUAAGAUACUUCAUCCUUGCUGGAAUGAACUCUCAAGGUUGCUCCCUUGGAGGAGGGGCUGGAAAGUUUCUUGCAGAGUGGAUGGUCUACGGUUACCCACAAGAUAAUGUGUGGCCCCUGGACAUCAAGCGCUUUGGAGCCUUGCAGAGCAGCAGGACCUUUCUGCGGCACAGAGUUAUGGAGGUCAUGCCUCUGAUCUAUGACCUAAAAGUGCCACGUUGGGACUUUCAGACUGGCCGACAGUUGCGUACUUCCCCCUUAUAUGACCGGCUUGAUGCUCAGGGGGCCCGAUGGAUGGAGAAGCAUGGAUUUGAGAGGGCAAAGUACUUUGUACCCGCUGGAAAAGAUCUGCUGUCUCUAGACCAGAGCAAAACAUUCUAUAAACCUGACUGGUUUGAUAUUGUGGGCUCUGAAGUGAAGUGCUGUAAGGAGGCAGUGUGUGUCAUCGACAUGUCAUCCUUCACCAAGUUUGAGAUCAGCUCCCCAGGGGAUCAGGCUUUGGACACCCUCCAGUAUCUCCUCUCCAACGAUGUGGAUGUUCCUGUGGGACAUAUCGUUCACACUGGGAUGCUGAAUGAGCGUGGAGGAUACGAGAAUGACUGCAGUGUGGUGCGGCUUCAGAAACGCAGCUUUUUCAUUAUCUCCCCCACAGACCAGCAGGUGCAUUGCUGGUCAUGGCUGAAGCAGCACUUGCCAAGUGACAGUGAUUUGUUUCUUGAAGAUGUGACCUGGAAAUAUACAGCUUUAAACUUGAUUGGCCCUCGAGCCAUGGAUGUGCUGUCAGAGUUGUCCUAUGCCCCUAUGACCCCGGACCAUUUCCCAUCCUUGUUCUGCAAGGAGAUGAGUGUUGGAUAUGCCAAUGGUAUCCGGGUGAUGAGUAUGACGCACACUGGAGAGCCAGGCUUCACCUUGUACAUUCCCAUUGAGUACGCACUACACGUCUAUAAUGAGAUUAUGAGCGUGGGUCAGAAAUAUGGAAUCCGUAAUGCUGGAUAUUAUGCUCUGCGGAGUCUGCGUAUCGAAAAGUUCUUUGCUUUUUGGGGUCAGGAUCUGGACCCAUUCACCACUCCACUCGAAUGUGGUCGGGAGUUCCGGGUCAAGUUGGACAAGGGCUAUGACUUCAUUGGCCGGGACGCCUUGUUGCACCAGCGCGAAGAGGGGAUAUUUAAACGGUUUACAAUGUUCAUCUUGGAGGAUCAUGACACAGACCUGGAUUUGUGGCCCUGGUGGGGGGAGCCUAUCUACCGUAAUGGGGAGCAUGUGGGCAAGACGACCAGCAGUGCCUAUAGCUACACAUUGGGGAGACAUGUGUGUCUGGGGUUCAUUCACAGCCCCAACCCAAUCACCGCAGAGUUUAUCAACCGAGGAGAAUAUGAAAUAGAGAUUGCCGGCCAAAGGUUCCAGGCCAAAGCCAAACUGUACCCCUUUAGUUCCCUGUUUACCCAGAGACGCAGGAAAGAAGAUAUGGAGCUGGGCUACUGAAAGAUGGAAUGUGCUGGAGGAGACAUAAGGAGUUAAUGCCAGGCCAUGUGUCAUGCAGAGGACCUUGUGGUGUUAUCUGGGCUUUAUUCUUAGGUUGUCUGGAGUUUUAGGGACGCAAAGACCCUGAUAACAAAGUUUUGGUGUUUAGCCCUUAGGGGGCUAUAUCAGCGAGCCUAUAUUUUUAUUAUUGAUAUCUAUAUGCAAUCUUGAGAGGGAAAAUGUCACCAGCUUAAUCAGCCACAGUCUCACCAUGAAGACCACGAUUCUAAUGGAAAGCUGCCCUCCUUUUUUAUGUUUUAUCCCUUCCUGCAGAUGUGUCACCAGGCGGGGAUGAUCCAUCAUAGGUGCCAUACCAAUGCAGCGUUACAAGUCAUAACAUCACCUUCCAUCGGCUCGUGCGGAGGGGACCUUCAAGUGUGUUUUCCUUUUAUUUUGAUUUCUAGGUUUUUAUCUGUUUUUACAACAUACAGCAGUGUUUACCAACCAGGGUGCCUCCAGCUGUUGUAA